AAAAAGAGUAAAAUAACGCAAUACCAUUGAUUUAAAGGCGAGUGGAAUUGGACCAGUUUUCACCAAAUCUGAAUUUGUUCAGUCAUUUGUUUCUCCCCUUUCACCAGCCAUUGAUUAUAAAGCGUACAGUGUCUUCCAAUGCCUAAGCACAAAAAAGUUUUAUCACUAUUCAACACAUCUUCCCACAGGACUCUUUCAAAUGCUACCUCAUCAAAAUUAGUUUGUCAUAGCCACUGUAAAAGUUUAUUAAAACAGAGUUGCUAAAGAGUAUGUACAGCUAUGAUCAAUAUAUUUUCUGUAAUCAGAGGUGAAUAGAUGCAAGAAUUUUGGAGAAAAUAGUGCAUUAAGUUAUGUAGUUUAUAUUUGUUUGGAUCACAUCAGAUCAUUUAAGUAUUGCAUGACAGCAUACUAUUUUAUUUUGUUGUGAGUGUAUAAAAGCUUACAAUAUUCUCUUAAACUCUAAUAUUUAGAGUUUCAUAUAAGCAGUCAGGUUUCAUUUGUGUCAAUGCAACCUAUAAGAACAAAUGUACACGCUACAUACAGAAAGAUUACCUUCAUUCUUCCGCUUGGGAGAAUUUAAAUUGUGUAUGGUGUUUAAAAAGCAAGAUUAGCACAAAUGUGAACAUACUAGCAAAUUUUCUGAAAUAAGAACAUAGCAGGCAAGUUACAGAUGCCCUAUGAGUGAUUUGUUAGUAGCAGUCUUUCUACCCUAAGCAGUAUUUGUAAAUGUUAGAUCUUGCAUGGCAGCCACUAGAUGUCAGAGUCUGAGUCUUCAGAUGCCUCUCUUCUGUGUAGCAUUAGGUAAUAAAUAAUAUUAAGCCAAAUUAUUACUUUCUGACUGCAUCUUUCUAAAACGACAUUUGUGUACAUAAAUACAGGUAUUUUGCAGAAGUCAACAGAUUUAAAAACAAUAUUAUGCUCUUUUUAAUACAUGUGACUUACCUCCUCUUUCUUCCCAAACAAGCUAUUUCUAUAGAUGCCCUGUAGGCUUUGGACAAUGUGUUACAUCUCAUAGCAUCAAGUGCAUUUAUGUAGCCAAAAGCAGUAGGAUGCUUGUUACUCACACAAUUGCCACUUAAAAUAUAUAGCUGUAAUAUAACUGACCAGAAGUAGCUUCAUCUAUUAGUAUGUGAUGUAACCAAAUAAUAGUUUCAUAGCGCUAGAGCUUGUGAAGCAUUUGUUCAUGCUGAGAACUCCUUCAAAUCAACAUAAUGAACCUUCUACGUUUUAAAAUAGAACAUAAAAAAUUGCAUGUGGGUUAAAGUGUUUUGCCUUGUAAUCUGAGGAAGAAGGAAGGGGGCUUAGCACAGUAUUCAGUUUCUAUGUAUACACACGCUUAUUCACUUACUCGUAAGCCUCAUUCCUGCGAGGAUCCUUCAUGGAAAACACCUUCCAACAGAGGAAGACUGGGCAAAAUAUCUCAAGAUAGGAGUUGCUCCUUAGCCAGCUUUCUAGAUGUAGUACGUUUUUCCUAGUCUUCUACCUGUUUGAAAUCACGUAUACAUUUUACAUUCCCAUAAAUAAUAACAUGGAGUAACACCUUCACACUUGAACUGUCAUAAAAAUAGAUGCAAAUAGACUGCUUUAAAAUGAUGAGUUCCUUCUGUAUUUUAACAAUUUGCUGCUAUGCACAGUUCCACAUUACAGGGCACUCUGACCUGCUUUUUAGGUAAGCUGGUACAGCAGCAACACCUAGGCUGGUCAAUUUGUAAUCAUAUAUGGUACAGUUGUCUUCAAGUUGUUUGGUGCAUACAGUAUCAGUUCCUAGAUAUGCUGUAUGUAUUUUUAAACUUGGUGCCAAGUUGUUUGGUUUUACAUCCUGAAGUGUUUGAAACAGAGCCAUAGGAUUUGUACUUGCCAAUUCUAAAUUUAAAUGUAAUUUAUCAUGUAUGUCAUGCCAAAGAGAGCAAACCUGCAGGCAUUUGCUCAUUCAACGCACCUGAGAGAUUUUGCUGCUGAGUAAGCUGUAUGUGUGUAAAUUUUGUGGCAAUGGAAAAAGGAAUAAAUAGACUGUCAACUUAAAGGAUUGAAGUCAGUCAUGUGAGAUGUCUUAUAUGGUUUUUGUCAGCAUUCUGCUUUGGAAGCCUUGCAAAGGCUGGGAUUGGGGGUCUUUUUGUUUGUUUUCUAGUUAUUUUUUUAAAUUCUUGCAUUGUUACUCCAUCAGUCAGAAGAGGGCAAGGCUGGUAACUCAUUAAUUUUUGAGCAGUUGUAAUUGAUGUCUGUUUUGCUCAUUCGUGCCACCUUUAAACUUUGAAACUGUGUUUCACUGCAGUGCUGCAUCCACUACAUGUAACUGCUAAUGACCAAAUUCUUCAACUUGUGUCAUUAGUUUGUACUGGCAACAAGAGGUGUAAUUGCAGGGCAAGUCUUAUUCAGUCCUAGACUCUGAGCUGUGCAGGAGAAGCAGCAUGCUUGGAAAUCUGUGCAAAGACCUUCAGAGGUAUGUAUUCAACUGUCCAAUUAAGGAAAAACUUCCUUUAAACUUCCAAAAGUUUAAAUCCAAAUAAGUAAGUUAUCCUCUGUACUCUCCCAUGUGCCAUCCCUCUCCAGUGGCUUCACCAACCACUGACUUCUUUGGUAUCAUGAGAGUCUUCCUUCUCCCGUAACAGCAAAACUGCUGAUUCUGAUACUUGAACCAAGUGUCAGCACCCCUCAGUAGAUUCCCUCAGCUGAUGCCAACCAGCAUCUGGCACACCAAAAGGCAUAGCCUUUCCAGGAGGGGUAAAGUGUAAGGUUUUUACAACCAUGAAAACCUUUUUUAGAAAAAAUAAAACCUCAACUAAAGGUGGUUUGUGGCCUUUGCAGUAUGUACAGUAUGCUGAGUGGAAUUAGGUGAGGAUGACACACCUCUAAAAUAGGCUUUUUUUGUUAUAAAUUGUUAACAAGAGGGGUCCUGCAACUGCAGCUACUUCUACAACCACAUGCAGAAAAUUCUGUAUUUCAGAGAAGUGAGUACAGUGUUCACCUCUUAAGGGCAUUCAAGUUUUGAUUUAGUGUAAUUAUUGGGAUACUUCCUCUUGUUGUUUAUACUUGGCAAAUUCUCAUGUGUUUUUUCUUGUGCCUCUUACAAGUAGUGAAAUACUCUUAUACCCUGCAGGAUUUCCUGUCACGACAUAGGCUUUCUGUCAAGAGAGUAGAAAGGAAAGAAGUCUGUGCUGCUGUGUUUUUCUUUCUUUUUUAUAAGGCAAUGGUGUAAAACUGUCUGAAAAUGAUUCAUCCCCACUAUUAAAGAAUUGAGUAAAAUCAGUCUAUUUUUUCCCUGGAUCUCAAUGAAUUUAUUCUAGAAUUAGUAUUCCUUCCUAAAGGAAUGAUCCUGUUACUAAAGCAAAACCCUUCGCUACAGUAGUUACAAAGAUGCGGCUCUCACACAAGUCUGACAUCCAUCUAGUAUCAACCCUACUUUUCCAGGAUACGUCUCUGAAUCCUUUGGAUGGGUCUGCUUUUGUGGUUUCAUUGAACAAAGCCCCUGCAAAAUCCCUGGGUUAUGAAAUAUUUCCUCUCCGUUGGGUCCCGAACAAGGGAUGGCAUCUGCAGAGCCAGAAAAGGAAAUCCUUGCCUUAUAGAGAGUGCUCUCGGUGUGACACAAUGACUGAUAUAAAGUGUUGGGAGAGCUGAGCUGAAGGCAGAGGAACAAAGGAAGAUUGAGAUUUGGUGGCUGUCUCGGACAAAAGGAAAGCAGAAAGUGUCUCAGCAUGGAUAAAUUUAAAGCUGCGCUUGUGCUGGCAGGGGUUGGGGAUGCUCUUGGUUACCGCAAUUUCUCCAGACAAGACAAUGCCUUAGGUGCAAAAAUCCAACAGGAGCUGAAGGAAAUUGGAGGGCUUGAGAACCUGGUGCUCUCUCCUGACAAGUGGCCAGUAAGUGACAACACGUUCAUGCACAUGGCUACAGCAGAGGCUGUCAUCACAGAGUACUGGAGUUUAGAAGACCUGUACCGGGAGCUGGUAAAACGCUAUGUGGAUGCUGUCGAUAAGCUUUCAGGGAGGCGGCCAGACCCUGCUACCAUCGAAGGCUGCAGGGAAUUAAAGCCAGACAACCACCUCCUCGCUUGGCACACACCAUUCAAUGAAAAGGGUUCUGGAUUUGGAGCAUCCACAAAAGCCAUGUGUUUAGGAAUGCGGUAUUGGAAGCCAGAAAAGUUGGAGUCCCUUAUUGAAGUGAGCAUUGAAUGCGGACGAAUGACUCAUAACCAUCCGACAGGCUUUCUAGGGUCCCUGUGCACAGCUCUUUUUGUGGCAUAUGCAAUACAGGGGAAACCCCUUGUGCAGUGGGGAAGAGAGAUGAUGAAGGUUGUGCCAAUGGCUGAAGAAUACUGCAAGAAGACCAUUCGCCACAUGGCAGAAUAUCAGGAGCAUUGGUUUUACUUCGAAGCCAAGUGGCAGUUUUAUUUGGAAGAGAGAGAAAUCAAUGAUGAAAAUCAGAAUAAACCUGUUUUUCCAGCUAACUAUGACGCAGAGGAGAGAGAAAAGACAUACAGGAGAUGGAGCUCCGAAGGCCGGGGGGGAAGACGAGGCCACGAUGCCCCCAUGAUCGCCUAUGACGCCCUGCUAGGCUGUGGCGGAGACUGGACAGAGCUCUGCAACCGCUCCAUGUUCCACGGAGGAGAAAGUGCAGCUACUGGGUCUAUCGCCGGCUGCCUGUACGGCUUGGUUUAUGGCCUGAGCAAGGUCCCAAAAGGCUUGUACCAGGACAUGGAGCAAAGGGAGAGGCUCGAGUUCUUGGGCGAGAAUCUUUACCGACUAUCCAUGGAGGAAAAGUAAAGCGGUUUCUGCCAUUUUCUCUUUCUAUAAAGACUAUAUCAAACCCUGUAGAUAACUGACUGAUGUUCAUAGCAAAGGAAUUAGCUGAGAGUUAGUCUGAAGGAAUAUAUGUAGAUUGUGUGUGAGUGAAGAUAGCUGAAUUAUUCAAGAUUGGUUAGAUAUUUACAGUCUUGUGGGGUUUUUUUACAGAUGUAGGGAUUUCCAAGUAUAAAGAGUACUGCCUAAACCAGUGAGAUAAUCUCAAAUGGAAAAACAGAAAUAAACCCUUGUUUGACUGAUUUCAGUCUAACUUGCCAUAAUACCACUUCCUAAACAGCUGUGACCAGCAUUUACACAUACAAAAUUAAUUUUCAGAACUAAUGCUUUCCUGCAAAACUAAUGAUAGUACCUACUUAUGGGGAUAUUCUCUGUAUAUUUGACAAUCCUUUCACCACUGUGUUCCUCCUUGUUCUCAAAUUUAACAUGUCUGUGACACUUGUAAGCCUAAUGUCUCAUGGAUUAGCUUUAAUGAACCACUGAUCCCUGUAUCAGCACUGUGGUGCAAGGUAUUGUUACAUUAGAAGCUUCCAGAAAAGGAAAAGCCAACACUAAAAAUACCCCCAAGGAACAGCAAAGCACCAGUGCGUCUAAAAUUUCUGAAUUACACUUUUAUUCUUCUUCAGUCUUCAGAACAAAA